AUGUCGGGGUCUUUUGAAGCAUUGCCAGACUGCUUUUGCGAUCUGAAGGCUCUAGAGUAUUUGGAGAUUCAGAGAUCCCCUGUGGCCCACCUGCCCGAAGACUUCGGGCAGCUGCAAAACCUGAAGAGCCUCAAGCUCGCGUUCGUAGAAGGUCUGCGUGAGCUGCCCGAAUCCUUCUGCGAGCUACCAGCCCUCACGCGGUUCUCUCUCUUGUGCUGCUAUGAGUUCGUCAGGCUGCCCGAAAACUUCCAUCAGCUCUCAAGGCUAGAAGCUGUAGAAAUUUCGAGUUUAUCCGUCUUCACUUCAUUUCCUGAUUCCUCCCAGACUCACUUUGCUCCAACCAAACCCUUCACCAUCAACAACUGCGAAAGCCUGACCACCCUGCCUGAAGACUUUGGCCGAAUAUCCAGUCUUGAGUACCUGAAUCUGGAGAUGUCCGCGAAUUUCAAGGUUAUUCCAGACUCUAUCUGCCUUCUGUCUCAACUCAAGGAGCUGAAUGUGAUUGACUGCUGUGAGCUUUCAGCCUUCCCACAGUCUGUCUCCGCUAUGGAGUCACUCACAGCAAUCGUUCUAAAUGGCUGCGACCUUCACGAGCUGCCCAGAGACUUCGGGCAGCUUUUGAACCUGGUCUCGUUGAAGCUGUCCAGUUACAAGCUCGUUACUCUGCCCGACUCGUUCGGGCAGCUGGGGAAGCUGAAAGAACUAGUAUUCAUGGAAUGCAACAACCUCCCUCCUGGUUUUGAAACCCUCCCGAAGCUGCGGACUCUCUACCUCUUCAACUGCGUUUUUGCUAGCCUGCCGGACAGGUUCGGGGACCUGCCGAGCCUGGAGGUGCUCAGGGUCGGGACCAAGGCAACGUACAGCAGGAAUAGGAUCGAGACGGGCAGCGAAUCGGAUGACGGACCUGAGCUGGAAGGUACCUGUGCCCUCCACAUGCUUCCUCAGUCCCUGGUUCGCCUCACCCAAUUGCAGGAGCUGAUUUUGGAGGGGUGUGAGAUGCUGGAGGAGUUGCCUGCAGGCAUGGGGGGGAUGGCCAGCCUUAGGAGUGCUCCAGCCCAGUACCUCCCAGCGUCCCUUCUUUCCCUCGCUCAACUCACCCACUUGAACAUCUACGACCUUCCAUCUCUCCAGCAGCUUAUCGCCCCUGCCCUUGUGGCCCAGUCCUCAGCCCACGCCCAAGCCACCCAUGAUGAUCAGUCUGAAAGAUUUGAUAUGGGUUCUGAUGUGUCGGCCAGAUUCGAUCUCCUGUCUUCUCUGCAGCAGCUGAAAGUGCUGCUGCUAGAGGAGUGUCCAGCCGUGACCUCCCUUCCCUCCUCUCUCACAAGCCUCUCCAAUCUUCAACAGCUCACACUCAAGUCUCUCCCCUUGCUGACCCACCUGCCCGAAAAUAUCGGGCAGCUUCAAGCCCUGCGCGAUCUGAGUCUAGAGUCCUGCCAAGCUCUUAAAGCCCUGCCGCCGUCCUUCACCCUCCUCUACUCCCUCAUGCGUCUCACCAUCGUGGACUGCCCUAAACUCACCCACCUCCCGGAUCCCAUCUCCUCUCUCUCCAGCCUGGCCUCUCUCACACUCACACGCCUCCCCUUCCUCCGCCGCCUCCCCUCCCCGCUCUCCCUCCCGCGUCUCAUCAAGCUCUCCCUGCAAGGGUGCAAGCGCAUGAGGGCCCUGCCCCGCGACUUGGGCAGUUUGUCCUGUCUGAGGGAGGUGGAUCUGGACGGGUGUAUGCAGCUGAAGCUGCUUUCUGAUUGGUUCAACUUCCGUUUCGACGGCCUCCCUUCUCUAUUCCACAACCGCCUAGGCAGAUUCCCCAGCGCCUUAUCAAUCUCCGCGUUUCUCCUUAUUAUGCUUCCGUUGCUCCUCUCCCCGCUCGCGCGCGCGGAAUCCGCGCUUCUCCGCCGCCCUGCGCAUCCCCCUGCGGCCGGCGCGCCCGCCAGAGAUCAGGAGGUGAUAUGGGAGCUGCAUGGUGACAGGUGGCGGCGCCUGAUUGGCGGAGACAGCAGCAGCAGCGCAAGCAGCAAUGGGGGAAAGGGCCAGCUAGUGGUGGAAGUUGAAGUGGAAGGCGAGGAAGCUGCUAACGCGUACGAGGAGGAGCACGGACGCGUUGUAAAGGGGAUCGUUACAAGCACGGGGAAUGGCAAUGGGAAGGGAGCAGGGGACAGGGCUUUAUUGGGGGAGGAGGAUGAGCGGAGCAGUGGGGGAGACAUGGUUGUGCGGGUGGUGAGGGGAGUGAAAGCGGCGGUGGUUCGAUGGAUGUUACCAGAGGGUUAUCCCGAUAGUGUGACUCCUGACUAUAUGGAGUACACAGUGUGGCGCAUGCGACAAACCGUGGCGAGCGAAAUGAACCACGUGCUUACAACGCAGGCAAUGCUGUAUGCAGUCGGACUUGGAAAAGGCGCCAUCCCAGCAGCAGCGGCAGUCAACUGGGUGCUAAAAGACGGCCUGGGCUACGCAGCCAAGGUCACGCUGUCCCAGUUUGGCCGCCAUUUCGACGUCUCCCCCAAGCGCUCGCGCCUGCUCUCCGACCUCGUGGAGAAUCUCUCUGCUUCCCUCGAGCUCCUCACAGCCACCUUCCCGCAGUACUUCGUCCAGCUCGCUGCUGCUGCUGGUGCGGGGUUCUCCGCGUCAAGCCUCGUGCAAAGUGCGACAAGGAACAGAUUCUACGCUGGCCUGGCAGGCAGGAGAAACUUCGCUGAGGUACUGGCACGGGCAGAGGCACAGGGCAUGGCGAGCAAGACGCUAGGCAUGGCGUUAGGAAUCGCCAUCGCUCCACAUGUGGGCACGAGGGGGCCUCUCCUCUGGGUGACGCACGCCCUGCUGUCCGCCACGCACCUGUUCUGCAACUACCGCUCGUACAAGGCUGUGCAACUCAGAACACUCAACCGUUUUAGAGCAGAUAUUGUCCUGGCAGAGUUCGUGACCAAUGGCAAGGUGCCAGGUGUCAUUGAAGUCAACUCACAGGAGCCCAUUCUACCGCCCCUUAAAUCGAUAUUUUCGCCCAAGUCAUCCCCUCCUCCCCUCCCCGGCACUGGCAGCGAGAACUGGAUUGAGUUCGGGGUACCCCUAGCAGCAGUGGCGCACACAGAGCGGGAGGCGGAGACAAUGGCAGAGAUAUUCCGAGGGGAGAAGUACCUAUUGGGAAGGGACGAGAGAACUGGACAAAUGCAGGUUGUGUUGAAAGAGGGGGCUCUCCCUCGGGACUUCCUCAGAGCGGCCCUGCAAGCCGCCUACCUCCGCACGCUCUCUCCACACUCCCUCUGCCCCACCAUCCACUCUCUCGCACCCCAAGCGCGCACUCACGUCCAAGCCCGCGCAGCUGAGUUCGCCUCGUUCGGGAAGCUGGAGGUGCUGCAUUCAUCGUAUGACCGCAUGGCUGCGGGGUUUGAUGGGCUGUGUGAGGCGCUGAGGGCGAGUGGGUGGCGCUGCGAUGAUGGCUUGUUAGCCCGUCCAGGGGACUGGCGUUUGCUGGUGGAUUCAGUGGAUAAGAGGAACUGA